AUGGAGACGUAUCACGGUCACGUCCGCACUCCUGCGGACGCAAUCAUUCUGUUUGAAGCAUGCCGCAUUGGUAUGCUGCCGCGUGUCCAGCGCCGGCUAUCCGAAAAGGAGCGACAACUCAUCCAGUCCGGCUCUGUGUUUGUUUGGGAUGAGCGGGAAGCUGGCAUGCGACGCUGGACCGAUGGGAAGUCCUGGAGCGCCAGUCGUGUUUCUGGGAGUUUCCUCACCUAUCGUGAGAUGGAGGGGAAGCGUGGAGGCACCAGCGUUCCCACCCAGCCUCCAAGAGCUGGAAAAACACCAGAUUCUGCCCGCGGCAGCGACGACGACCGGGGAGAGGGCCCCGAUGAUGGUCCAGAUGGAUAUCGAUAUAAGCCCGAUGGUUUAAUGAAGCAGUCGUUCAGUAUCACAACCUCGACUGGCCAGCAUCUCCACCUCAUAAGCUACUACUCCCGGUCGCAUCCCAACGCCGCGAAUCUCUUACAGCCAUCUAAUGACCCAGCGCUGCGAAGCGUGCGCCCGCAAAAGGGUCUCUAUCCAGAGUCGACCGUCAACGACCAGCAGAACCUCCCCGUCGUCACUCGCGGUCCGAUGACGGGUCCCCCUUACCACCCCGUCCCCGCUCCACCACCUCCUCCUCACCACCACAUGGCCCCGUACUCUCGCCCUGGUGCACCUGGACAUCCGCCGUCGUAUGCUCCUGGAUACGGCUGGCCACCCACGCCGAUGGGCACGCCUCCCACGGUUUCAAUCCACUACCCCUACAUAUCGCCUGCGCACCACCCACAACAAUAUCACCCGUUGCCACCACCGCCCCAACAACAACCAGGCAUCCCGCCGGGCUACGAACGUGCAGUCCAUCCGAUGGAAGCUCCUGGACACCCACCGCAUGUCCUGCAGCAAACACCAGUUUUAAUUCCCGCUCGGUCCCCUCGCGUAAUGGCCGAACCCACCCCCCCAGAGUACAUCGUAAACCGAGGGUCUCCACGCAUGCAGGCUGCCCAUUCCAGUCCUCACGUCAAUGGAGUUCCCAUCCCUGCCGUCCGGAGCCCGCGAGUCGUCAACCAAGCUCCGCCUCCCCCGCCCGGUUCAGGGUUGAGCAUCCCGCCUCCAAAUCCCCCGUCCAGACCCCCCUCCGAGACCAGCGGCACAACCGUCCCAAGCAUCAAUGUUCUCAUGAACAACAGUGCAGGAGGUUCAUUACCAUCAAUUUCAGCAGCAGCUCCUGGCCCUGCGCCCGCUGGCUCGGGUGCCGCAAACGGGCGACCAUCCGACGGGCCACGUGAUAUUCCUAGCGACAAGAUCGGAUUCGGCAACGAGGACAUGCGUGCUCUCCGCCAGCUUGACAAGGCUUUCAAGGCGUAG